AUGUCCUCAUUCCAGAUACUAUCUGAUUUACAUCUAGAAAGUCCCUCUGCCUACGAUGUGUUCGAAAUCUCUCCGAAAGCACCUUUUCUUGCGCUAUUGGGAGACAUAGGAGUUGUCAGAGACGCAGGCUUCAUUACAUUCAUUCAAACCCAGUUGCGCCAAUUCCAAAUAGUUUUCUUCCUGCCAGGGAACCAUGAGCCUUACAAUUCAAGCUGGGAGGAGACGAAGCAAGUUCUCCGUCAAAUCUCAGCGUCUGUCGAUCAUUGGCGUUCAACUACAGGACAAGAUGGACAUCCGCAAACUAUGGGCUCUUUCGUCUUCUUAGAUCAGACUCGCUACGAUCUCUCACCAGAUGUGACUGUACUCGGGUGCACACUCUUCUCGCGAGUGAGUGAGGCACAAAAGGAGCAAGUCAGCUAUGGCCUCAAUGACUUUUACCACAUAAGGGACUGGACGGUUGACGAUCACACGGCUGCUCACGAAGCAGACCUGGGCUGGUUAAAUGUACAGGUUUCUCAUAUCACCGCCUCUGAGCCUCAUCGCAAGAUUGUGGUUUUUACGCACCAUAGUCCAACCACUCAGGAUCCACGAGCAGUUGAUCCAAGGCACGUAAAUAGCUCGCUGUCCUCGGGUUUUGCCAGCGACCUCUCAGGACAGGAGGUUUGGAAGAGCCCGCUAGUAAAAUUAUGGGCAUUUGGGCAUACGCACUUUAAUGUCAAUUACAUUGAGGAGGGCACCGAGAAGAUGGUCGUCAGUAAUCAGCGCGGCUAUUGCUUUUCACAGGCCAAGGGAUUUGAUGGGGAGUUGGUAAUUCGAGUCUAA